AGGGUCACGUGGGCGUCCGGAAACCCUGGCCGAGACGCCAGGGGUGAGCUGGCGGCGAGGGCGGCGGGCAGCGGAGCCCAGCGGACCAGGCGAGUGGAGCCGGGGCUGGAGAGCCGCGACCACUGAGUGUCUCGGAAAGAAGAAAUGAUGUAAAUCACUCACUCUCCAAACUUUAAGGUCAAAGGUGAGAAGGGAGGUCAGGAAGAACAUGGCCUGGCCAAAUGCUUUUCAGCGAGGAUCUCUGCUGUCCCGUUUCAGCCAUCAUCACGUCGUAGUGUUCCUGCUCACCUUCUUCAGUUAUUCGUUGCUCCAUGCUUCACGAAAAACAUUUAGCAAUGUCAAAGUCAGUAUCUCCGAGCAGUGGACCCCAAGUGCUUUUAACACGUCAGUUGAGCUGCCUGUGGAGAUCUGGAGCCGCAACCAUUUGUUCCCCAGUUCAGAGAAAGCGACUCUUUUCCUCGGAACCCUGGAUACCAUUUUCCUCUUCUCCUAUGCUGUGCAAGCGUGGGGAGUGGCAUCCACUGAAAUUGUUACAUAUCCCUUCUGUUUCCUCCUCUCCAAGGUCUUUGUCUUUGGCGCACUCACAGAAUGGCUGCAUUUCUACAACACGUGGCUGUACUGCUGCCUGUGGAUUGUGAACGGCCUGCUGCAGUCUACUGGUUGGCCCUGUGUGGUUGCUGUUAUGGGCAACUGGUUUGGGAAAGCCGGACGAGGAGUUGUUUUUGGUCUCUGGAGUGCCUGCGCUUCAGUGGGCAAUAUUUUGGGAGCGUGCCUAGCUUCUUCUGUUCUUCAGUAUGGUUAUGAGUAUGCCUUUCUGGUGACGGCGUCUGUGCAGUUUGCUGGUGGGAUCGUUAUCUUCUUUGGACUCCUGGUGUCACCAGAAGAAAUUGGUCUCUCAGGUAUUGAGGCAGAAGAAAAUUUUGAAGAAGACUCACACAGGCCAUUAAUUAAUGGUGGUGAAAAUGAAGACGAAUAUGAGCCGAAUUAUUCAAUGCAAGAUGAUAGUUCUGUUGCCCAAGUCAAGGCAGUAAGCUUCUACCAGGCGUGUUGCCUUCCUGGAGUCAUACCGUACUCACUGGCCUACGCCUGCUUGAAGUUGGUGAAUUACUCCUUCUUCUUCUGGCUGCCCUUUUAUCUGAGUAACAACUUCGGCUGGAAGGAGGCGGAAGCCGACAAGCUGUCCAUUUGGUACGACGUUGGAGGGAUCAUAGGUGGAACAUUGCAAGGCUUCAUCUCUGACGUACUACAGAAGAGAGCGCCGGUUCUUGCCCUGAGUCUGCUUCUGGCGGUUGGGUCCCUCGUCGGGUAUAGUCGUUCUCCAAACGAUAAGUCCAUCAAUGCCUUUCUGAUGACUGUUACAGUAUUUAGUGUCUCUGAUCCGGGACAAGCUAGGAUGGAUGUGGGUUUUCUACUUUUUCAUUCUCAUGACAAGUUGUACAAUUGUGUUUAUCUCGCCGUUAAUAGUGAAGGAAAUAUUCUCUCUCAUGCGAAGGAGACAAGCUCACAUAUUGAGGGAGUGACUGGUGCCCGAGACAGAACAAUGUCAGCCACAUGAGGACCAUUAGGGCUUCGAAUCUGCCCUAUUCGGGGUUUGUCCAGGAGCUCCAGCAUGACCUUGGACUGUCAGAGUCUCAACACUGCCAGCCACCUGAGAUCUGACCAGCCGUGAAGGCUGCGCUAGUUUUUUACACUACAGGAAUUACUGUUGACGAUUUUUGUUGUUGUUUCAUGAAUGUGCAGAAUGACCUCUGACUCUGCCAUCGUCUUUGUUUGGCACGUUGAGGUUUAGCCUUAACUGUUGUUUUGGACUUGGACUUUCUCUAGCCUGGAAAAUUGAGUGAACAGGAGGGAAAGCCACGCGUGGUUUGUAUUGGUGAUUUGUUCCACAAAUGGAAGAGAUCAUUGCAUUUCACUUUGGUAAUGAAGUUUACGUAGAGUGGCUGAUCUUUCAAGCAUCAAAUCCUGAUAAAAUGCUCAAGCUGGACUGAGCUGCAAGCCUGCCUUGGACAAAGAAUCCCUCUGUUCACCGUGGUGGGAAAGCUCACACCACAUGCCUCCUGACUGGCUCAGCCACUCUGUCUGAUCUCAAAGCCAUUCAGCCCAGAAGCACAAAUAUCUUCAAAUUAUUGUCAACUUGUUCUCCUCCAUCUUCAUUCAAAUGAGCUUGGACUCCUGGAAGUAUUUAGUCUUCCUUUCAAGGACAUCAGUUAUCUUGAACAUUCCGAUGUGUAACUCGCAACUCAAGCACUCAGCCCCAGAUUUGUUGUCUGGGAACCUUAGGAUCCUCUAGGAUGCUAAUCUGCUUAGUCUAUUUUUAGAGGAUUGAUCUCUGGCACAGCCGGGUUUAUGGAGUUACCUCAGCAGAAGACUAGAAUUAGAGAAAAGGGAAAGACCUUUUGUUCUAGUAAGUGUCAAGUACAGAUGCGCUUUGCCCUAUGAUGGGGUUAUGUCCCAGUAAACCCAUCGGAAGUCAAAUGUAUUUCGUACACCUGAUCUACUGGACGUCAUAGCUUGCCUCACCUACCCUAUAUACUCAGAACACUUAGAUCAGCCUACAGUUGGGCAGAAUCAUCUAACACAAACUCUAUUUUAUAAUCAAGUGUUGAAUAUAUCAUGUCAUUUAUUGACUACUGUACAUUAUGUUGAAAUUGCAACCAUUUCGCACCACUGUAAAGUCCAAACAUCAGAAGCUGAGGACUAUCUGUGACAUUGAAUCACAUUAAUGGAUUACCAGGACCUGCGGGGUAUUCAUUCUUUAGAAAAAUAUAUAUAUCUUCAGGGCUGUGAAUUCUGUACUAGUGAUCAAUAUUUUAAGAUCCUUCUGUAUACAUAUAUAUAUAUAUAUAUAUAUAUUUUUUUUUUAAUUAUAUAAGCAAGCUAGGAGGAGAAUGUGCAAUUUUGAGGGAUUCCUAAUUUGCAUUGGGUUAGGGAAUAUUUUUCAACCUCUUGCUUUAUACUCUGAUAUGGGGUGUGUUUAUGAACUUGUUGAUGUUAUUUAAUCAUGCAGAUUUCCAAUCAGUGUAUUGCUUAUUUACUGACAAAAAGGGAAAAUACGAAACACAGAAAAGGACAAUAAACUGACUUUCAUAAU